GGGCAGAGUUAACAUAAAGUCGUAUCAACCCUCACUGUCGCCUCCUCGUUUGCAGCCUGUCUGGACUGCUCAGGUAGUUUGCUGAGUUGACACACCAGUGAACCCUCUCCUUCGAGCCGUUACCGGGAGAAAAGCAGUCCUACUCACCCGAAAUCCGUGCUUGUCAUUUUACCAAACAGCCUCCACUUACCAUCGACUCCACCUCCACCAUGGCAAGCUACCACAAACCCGACGAGAAGACUCUUCAAGGCCUGAAAGAUAUCGCUAACAAACUGCGGAUCAACUCCAUCAAGGCAACAUGUGCCUCAAACUCUGGUCACCCCACCACGUGUUGCAGUGCCGCGGAGCUCAUGUCGGUGCUGUUUUUCCACGCCAUGCGUUACAAACCCACCGACCCGCGCAACCAGUGCAACGACCGCUUCGUCCUGUCCAAGGGUCACGCUGCGCCAAUCCUGUACGCUGCUUGGGCGGAGGCCGGCUUUGUGAAGGAGGCUGACCUGGUCAACCUGAGGAAGAUCACCUCUGACCUGGAGGGUCACCCUACACCUAAACUGGCGUUUGUUGAUGUGGCGACAGGGUCCCUGGGACAGGGUCUGGGGGCCGCCUGUGGGAUGGCCUACACUGGGAAACACUUCGACAAGGCCAGCUACCGUGUCUACUGCCUGAUGGGGGAUGGGGAGUGUUCCGAGGGGGCCGUCUGGGAGGCCAUGGCGUUUGGCUCCCACUAUCGACUUGACAACCUGGUGGCCAUUAUCGACGCCAACCGCCUGGGGCAGAGUGAAGCUGCGCCUCUCAAACACGACAUGGAUGUUUACCGCAAACGCUGCGAGGCAUUCGGGUGGAAUGUCUAUGUGGUGGAUGGUCAUGAUGUGGAGGAACUGUGCAAGGCCUUUUGGCAGGCCCCGCAGGUGAAGGACAAACCCACCAUGAUCAUAGCCAAGACCUUCAAGGGCCAUGGGCUGAAAGGCAUUGAGGACCAGGAUAACUGGCAUGGCAAGCCCAUACCAAAGGACCGGGCUGAAGGGUUCAUCAAAGCCCUGGAGUCCCUAAUUCAGAACCCCAACAAGGCCAUCAGCCCCGAACUCCCUAAUGAAGACGUUGCUCCCGCUGACCUUUCACCCAUCAGCCUGCCCUCUCUGCCAGACUACAAGAUUGGCGAUAAGAUUGCGACUCGUAAGGCCUACGGGGUUGCUCUUCAUAAACUGGGUCAGUCCAGCAAGAGGGUUGUUGCCCUGGAUGCUGACAUGAAGAACUCCACCUUCUCAGAGAUGUUCUACAAGGCCUACCCUGAACGCUUCAUCGAGUGCUUCAUCGCUGAACAGAACAUGGUGAGCGUGGCUAUCGGCUGUGCCACCAGGGACCGCACUGUGGCGUUUGCCAGCACCUUUGCUGCGUUCCUGUCCCGGGCGUAUGAUCACAUUAGGAUGGCCGCCGUCUCGGAGUCCAACAUCAACCUGGCGGGGUCCCACUGCGGCGUGUCAAUCGGUGAGGAUGGCCCGUCCCAGAUGGCGUUGGAGGAUCUCGCCAUGUUCCGUGCGAUACCAACAUGCACUUUGUUCUACCCCAGUGAUGCUGUGUCCACGGAACGGUCUGUGGAGCUGGCUGCCAACACUAAGGGCAUCUGUUUCAUCCGCCUAACAAGGCCUGAAACAAAGGUAAUCUACGACCCCAAGGAGAAGUUUGAAGUGGGAGUGGCUAAGGUGGUGCGCCAGUCGGACUGCGACAAGGUUACUGUGAUUGGUGCUGGAGUGACUCUGCAUGAAGCCUUGACUGCUGCCGACCAACUGGCCAGUGAGGGCGUGAACAUCCGUGUGAUCGACCCGUUCACCAUCAAGCCGCUGGACGCCGCCACCAUCUUGUCGAGUGCCCGCGCCACUGGAGGAAGAAUCAUCACCGUGGAGGACCAUUACAGAGAAGGUGGUCUAGGGGAGGCCGUGCUGUCAGCGGUGGGGGCGGAGCCUGAUGUCAUGGUAACCCGUCUGGCUGUACCUCGCAUGCCCCGGAGCGGGAAGCCACAGGAACUCCUGGAUUUGUACGGCAUCAGUGCCAAACACAUUGUUGCCGCCGUGCGCCAGACCUUUGCCAACUGAGGCGGUCUCUUCUGGGCAGACUCCCUAAUGUCUAUUCUCUAUUUAGUGCCCUAUUGUAGACCAGUGCCCCAGAAGGAGUAGACUGACAUGUCGAAUACACCCACCUCUCCUCACAUUGCUUUAACCUGUCAUGUCUCUCCAUUCUAAAAUCCUUAAACUAGGACUUUCUGCAGUCUGGCAGCCUAAAAGCAAAUCACAUCUGUUCUACUUCAUUAGCCCCUAAUGUAAAACCAAGCGGGUCUCUAGUGCCCCUUGUGGCUGGAAGGCAGAGUGCAGCUGUCAUGGUGUUGUAGAGCAAUGCUAACAAGCUAGCAGCCACACCGGAGUGAGGCUCAGUAUUGGGCUGUCUUAACCAAUUGGUGAAAGACCAAUGCAGUUUCUUUAACCAUGUCAAUGGCCACUUCUCCGGUUGGAAAUGUUCCUGCUAACCCCCCCUGUUGUAGUGAUUAUUAAACAGUUGUCAACUGAAAUGACUUUUCCCCUAGCUGACUUUUCACUGGAUGUAUCAUGUACCCAAAUGGCCCCCUAUUCCCUUAGCGCCCUACCCUGGGGGUCUGACAGACCUGGUGCACUGUACAGGGAUUUGGGAGCCAUUUAGUACUGAUCUUAAAUGAACUUUGAACCUUUUGUGGUCAUUGUCCAUCCAGACAUUCAUGUUUACUUAUGAGUGUGUUUCAGUAAAAAAAAAAAAUAGGGCAUUGUGUUGUGCUAUUAUGUUUCUCUUCCAUUGCUCAUUCUUCAUUCCAACUACAUUCCAUGCUCGAUCUCCUGCUUUGGUCAUUCCAUGUCAUUGGUCUCCUUCCUCAGUUUCUCCACAGCGCUGUAACAGGCCUGCCGCCGUUUUCGUUCCACUGAGCCGACAUGGUGUCUAACCUCAGCUUGUUGCUAACUGACGCCUAAUUUUUCAGUCUAAUGCAGAGUUCAUUCAUUGAACCACCAGACUUGUAAACUUAAAUAAAAUGUGUGAACUUCUCUGUAGUUUGCUUGCUUUUCCUGUUCUGAUUGUGAUGUCUUGAUUCAUUUCUGUAUAAUUUCUAACCACAGAAAUGGCUAUUCUCCUUCCAGUGUCACUGCUUUCUUACUGGUCCUGACAAUUUAUUUUAGUGUUUUUGAGCAAUAAGGGACCAGGGUGUGCUGUGUUAUUCCUGAGGGCUGUUAGUACGACAUCAUGGAGUGUAUGUAUACAGCAGUUGACUCGUAACAUUCCCCAUAUGCCUGAGAUGCCAAAACUACCGGAAUAAAAUGUUUUGUCACCAUC